CAAAAGCAGGACCUGGUCGCCCCGUACACAGUCUGCAGGUUAACCGUUAGGAAACGAUACUUUCAAGGUUUGAAUAUAUCAAUGUCUUAUGUCUUAUUGUCAAUGCCCGUCAUGUAUUCUUGGUACCAAUAACCUUCUUCUAUUUUGAUUAAAUUUUUGUUUCUUUGAAUACACGGUAGCGUAGAUGUCUACGACGGUCUACUUCUCUACCUGAUCUAUCUUGAUUGAUUAGCAAUUCACCGCCAUCAUCACCUACUUGUCCCUGUCACUCAUUUUCCAGCAUUGAAUCUUCGGUGUGCGACUCUCAUUACUACCAAUCGUUUUCUUAACAGUAUAGUAUUUUCCUUCUUCCUCCUCUUCUUCUUCUUUGGGUUCUUGCUUUUGGCACUUUUGCAUGUCUAGAGAGUGAGCAUUUGUUUUGUCUUGUUCUGUUUCCGUGGAAAACGUUUGGGUGCGCACGAAAAGUGCAAGCAAAUAUAAUUAUGGAAUACCGUCUCCGUCUCUCCUUUCUUUUGUUGCCAGCCGUGAGCUGGGCAUCCGUAAUCUCAACUCCUCGUUCUCCUGAUAGAAGUCCCGAAUCUAAUGAGUAUGUACCUACCCAUUCAUUGAUCGAUCGAUGAUGUUACUCUACGCCCCUUUCACAAUACUAACCAUACAAUUCGCAGAAUCAAACAAACCAACUCCAUAUCCUCUUCAACCUGCACAUCAAACUGCAACCCGCCGUCAACCUCUUCCUCCCAAGUCCUCGAACUCCGCGAAUAUAGCGAAUACCACACGCACUCCUUCCACCAUGCUAAAUACGAUGCCCAUGAUUCUCCAUCCGGUCCUCACAUUCCCACAUCGUGGAAAGUAGCCAUUGGCGUCAACGCCUUCGUACUUGUAAUCACAGCAUCGAUAUUAGGAAUGUUAGUGUGGAUAUUGAGGAAAGAAUACAGGAAGAGGAAAUUACUGCAAGGAGAUCCGACGUAUGUGGGUGCAAAAGAUGGGUUUGGGAGACGAAUGAAGAGUGCGCGGAGUAGUCGAGGGGCAGGAAAUGGAAGGGGUGGGAGAGCGAGAGCAUGGAGUUAUGAUCCGAUUCGGGAAGAAGAGGAGGACGGAGAGGGAAUUGGAGAGGGGGUUAGAUUAGGGGGUUUGGGAGUGCAAGGUGUAGAGGGUGGAAUGAGCAUGCCGUUGAGAAUGAACGAUUCGUUAGUUGUUCCGGGAACGGAAAAAGAAACGCUAGAAGGUGCAGAUGCAGAUGCCAAGGGAAAGGGGAGAGAAGGUACGAAAGCCAAGAGAGUAUGGCGGGGAAAGCACGUACGAUUUUCGAGUUGGGGCGGUGAGAUUGAGCCGACGGAUUCGAUGGGGAUUGUGGCGGGUAGUAGCGGGAAGGAAAAUGGUCUCGUGGCUUUGAGGACGGAAACUCAUGAAUAUGUUCAGACGCCUUGAGGGGUUGUAUUUUUUCUUUGUUGAGUAUGGUAUUUAUGGGUGAGAGAGGAAUGAGGGUGUGGGGUUCGGGAUGGGGUUGGUACAUUCGUUGUUUAGGGAGGAAUAGCUUGUAUGUAUGUAUGGAUGGAUGGAUGGAUGCAUACAUAUGUGUAUGUAGGAUGGGAUGUAUAAGUAGGCAGGUAUAGAUGCGGAAGCGGAAGAUGCGGAGUGUGUAUAUUGGAGCAGCAAAGCAAAGUACAUCAGCGGAGGACAAAAUGCGCGCAUAUAUCUAUCUACCGGACUGGCGUUGGAUUAAGUGCACAUAGGUAGUUUAUUGAUUUUAAAUACAGUGGGGGUUCAGGCGCGG